AUGGCCCCAAAGAAGCACAACUAUGAGUUCGGAGGCCCUCCCGGCGCUUUUGCCAUUGUCUUUGGACUUCCCGCCCUCUUGUGGACAUUCUUCUUUGUUUGCAAUGACAAGACCGGUUGCCCCGCCCCGUCCACCUUAAGCCCUCGCACUUUGAGCUUGGAGAAGCUCAAGCUCGAAACGCCAUGGCCCACCGAUGGAAUCUGGGGCUUCUGUAGCUGGGAAGCUGUCGGCUGGUCAUUAGCCUAUUACUUCGUGAGCCUGGUCCUCUAUCGUGUCCUUCCUGCUCAGGAGAUGCUCGGCACCAAGUUGGUUCAGUCCGGACGUCCAUUGAAGUACCGUUUCAACUCUUUCCACGCCACAGUUUUCCAGCUCGCUGGCCUGGCCAUCGGCACCUACCUCCAGGGCGCCGACUUCGUCGUCUGGACCUACAUCUCAGACAACUACCUUCAGCUUCUGACCGCCAACACCAUCCUCGCCUACAUCAUCACCGUCUACGUCUACGUCGCCAGCUUCAGCGUGAAACCCGGCAACCCGGAACUCCGCGAGCUUGCAGUCGGCGGCAACACCGGCAGUCUCAUCUACGACAUCUACAUCGGCCGCGAAUUGAACCCCCGCGUCACCCUUCCCUUCUUCGGCGAAAUCGACUUGAAAGCCUGGCUGGAGAUGCGCCCCGGCCUGACGGGCUGGGUCAUCCUCAACCUCGCCUUCUGCGCGAAGCAAUUCCGCACGUACGGCUGCCUCUCCGACAGCAUCCUCCUCACAACCGCCGUGCAGGGAUAUUAUGUCCUCGAGGGCCAGUUUAUGGAAGCCGGCCUACUCACCAUGAUGGAUAUUACCACCGACGGCCUGGGCUUUAUGCUGACUUUUGGCGACAUCGUCUGGGUGCCCUUCCUCUACUCCACCCAAACCCGCUAUCUCUCCGUUUACCCCGUUCACCUGGGCUGGGCUGGCGUCGCAAGCAUCCUUGCCGUCUUCGCGACGGGCCUGUAUAUCUUCCGCUCUGCGAAUAACCAGAAGAAGGUCUUCCGCACACAGCCGGACCACCCAAGCGUCAAGGAUAUGCCGUUCAUUCAGACGAAGCGCGGCACCAGGCUGCUGACUGGUGGAUGGUGGGGCCGGUCUCGGCACAUCAACUACUUUGGCGACUGGCUUCAGGCCUCGCCGUUCAGCUUGCCGACUGCCGUCUCCGGCUACCAGAUUCUCACUGCUGGCAGCGCCGUGUCUGGCGCUAUCACGAUGCUUGAUGGGCGAGAAGUCGUUCAGGGCGCAGCUCGUGGCUGGGGUAUGGUUUUCACGUACUUUUACGUAUUGUACUUUGCCAUUCUGCUUAUCCAUCGUGAAGGGCGGGACGAUGUUGCUUGCUCGGAGAAGUACGGCGAGGACUGGGACAAGUAUAAGCAGAUUGUCAGGUGGAAGAUCUUGCCGGGCGUCUACUAG